GUCGAUGAAAUAAAGAAAGGAUUGAAAGGAUAUUAAAAUAUAUUUUGCUUAUUGAAAACUUUAAUUUUAGAUACAAAAGUUCAUUUUUAGUGCGUAAAUCCUAAAGUGAGUAAACAAACAAUCGGAUUGGUUUGGCCUAAGUCAUAGUUUGUACCAUCCAAGGAGAUGGAGAAUUUGGAGAGAACAUCAUUUGUGUUUUAGUCGUGGAAAGUGGUAACAUGCCGGUAAUAUCUCUAAUAAAAUGGAUUUAGUUAUACCUAUAUACCUGAUAGUGCACGCAGUCAUACUGGGAGCACGAGGCGAUGUACAUUGUAAUUUUGAAUUUGGUAAAUUGUGUGACGGCUGGUCACAAGGUGUUGACGGGGCAGAAGAUGAUUUUGAUUGGUUAAUUUGGAAUGGACACGAGCCUUCCCAACCUGCAGGUGAUAUGCAACCCGGAUAUACUGUCGAUUAUACCUUGCCCAGUGCUAAAGAAGAGCGGGCCAUGUUUGGAACGCCAGUUUUAGAACCAACCGGGGGGUUGGUAAAUGUCAGUUUUUGGUUCCGAUUAAACGGUGUAGAUGUCCGCCAUCUUAAUGUGUAUGUUCGAGAUUUAUCCAUCGGAUCGCCUGCUAGAAAACUUUGGUCUGCUGAUGGAUCACAAGGAGAAGCUUGGCAUUAUGUGGAUCUGGUGUUCGAGGUGGUCGGACCCUUCAGAAUAUUAUUCGAAGCAACAAUAUUUGGUUAUGACUCAGAUAUUGGUGUUGAUGAUAUAUAUGUACAAAAUGCAGACCCAUUGCCAGAUGGAAGUAAUCCAUGGGGUGAAAAAAUAUACCCUAAUCUUCACGCAGCAAUAGACAUUCCAACACUGGCACCCCCACUGUAUCCUGUAAAUGCUGGAACUCUUGGCGAAACAACCAGUGAUCAACAGCAGAAAACGUGGCUAGCAGAAUAUCUCCCAAUUAUUCUGGCCGUGGUUGGCGGUUCGUUGUUCUGGAUUGGAAUUAUUGUGAUUAUUAAAUGUUACGUCCGGAAACGACGUCGACGCAAUAAAGCACGUAGAAAUGUCAUUGAUUUUUAUCAAACAAAUCGCGAACGUCCAUACUGCAGUCAAACGGAAGAAGAAAUAUACACACUUCCGAUUCCGCCGGAUAUACCGGCACACGAGACAAUAACAAUAUCGGAUGAAAACCAGGUGUAUGAUACUCGUGAUAUAAGAUACGGAAAAUAUGGAUUCAGUGACUACUCUACUGUGACGUCAGACUUUAGGUGAAGGCUCUAUUCAUUGGACAAUCGUGGAUUGAAAGUUGUGAAGUGUUGUCUGUUCGAAGGGAAGCAUGAUGCGCAGCUGAUAUUUAGGCAUGGAUCGAAAUUUAGACAGAUACACACAGCAGAUGAUUCCUAAUAUAAAGCAGCUGAUAGCUUGGAUUAUAUGUGCAUUUUAGCAGUUAAUUUAUACUAUUUAUUGACGUAUCGGACGAAUUGCCUAAUAAUGUCACCCAAUAUGUGUUUUGUGCAAACACCAAAGUCAUUGUCUGAUCCUAUUUUUAUUUUUAAUGUUUUGUAUUAUUUCUCAUAUAUAAUUAAGAUGUCCAACCAUCUUCCCGAAUCAAGGGAUGUUUCAUUUAAUAUAUUCCAACUGUUGACAGUAGAUUAACUGUAGUUUGUUAUGUUCGUUAGAUUUCUCUCCCGCAAUAUUAAAAAAUCUAGCAUCAGAACUUAGAGUAAAUCAUUUUUCAGAACGAAAUUUCUUCAAAAAGUAACGUUUCUGAAACAAUUAAAUCUCUGAAAUGAAUGUCACUCUAGAAAUGGUUCAAGAACCUCCCAUAUUUACAAGGAUAUGAUGCAUUCAGAUAUUUGUCAACAUUCUGGAGAUGAUAUAUAGCCGGGGUUAGGGCUGGGCGAAUGGUUAACGCGUGUGUGUUGCAUCAUAAGAUUGAAAUAUCGUUGCUAUUUUGUUCUUGUUUUCUUAAUUACAUAAUAAAUAAUCAAAAUGAACAGAUUUUAGAGUCGAUUAAGCCAUGAAAGAAUGUAUGGUUCCCGAAAGAUGCAAAUAACGAUCGGCGACGUUAAAGCUCUUCACAUGGAACUGAACCAUUUAACUACCGCCAAUAUCGCCUAUUUCGAUCAGAUCUAAAUAUUAAGGCCACCUGCAAACAUCGUCAUGAUCACGAGAUGUAAAUAGGGCUAAGAUAUGCGAUUGUUGCCGAGGAUUGUGGGUUAGGGUAAGGGUUAGUGUUAGCGCUAGCCCUAUUUACAUCUCUUGACCUUGACGAAAUCUGCAGGUGGCCUUAAUAUUUAGAUCGAACCUAUUUCGUGACGUGUUUUUAAACAAUUACAAACAAAAAGUGAUUGCUAGGAUACAUGUCUUGUUCCAAUUUCAAGCAAAUCUUGAGUUAAAAUUUAAACCAUCAAUACAACUGCAUUGCCUAUCCGAUUUCUGUUUCAAGUUGAUGUUUUAUUUUUUCAAAGAUUUCGGAACAUUUAUUCGGAAUUUAUUCGACAAAAAGUCAUCACCAAUUAUAUUUUCCGACAUAUUUCAAGGACGUGUUACACAUUCUACAGAUUUUAACACAGUAGCCAUCAUAUAGUAAUGCACUCGCUAAGAUACCAAUAGUUGACGUUCUGUUAUAAUUAUGGUUUAAUAUUAUUGUGGGAUUAUUGGAGAAUGCGAGUAUCGAAGUCUGUUUACAAUAUCGACAUAUCGCUUCCUCGUCUUAUAAUAUAAAACUUUUUGGGGGAAAAACUAGUUUAGAGAUUUACAAUAUCGACAUCUCGCUACCCCGUCUUAUAAUAUAAAACUUUGAGGAAAAAAUAAUUUAGAGAUUUGAACAUGCUCUCGUGAACCUGUACUUGAAGUCAUAUAUCUGUACCUUGUUUAGCGACAAAAUGUGGAUAAGUUAAUCGUAUCGAAUAUUUGAAUUUUAAAGGAACAAAAUAAUUAAUAUUUGGACCUAGAAAUUGACACAAAUGGGUCGCAACGCAUAUGAUAAUGUAUUACGAAUGUAUAUAAACUGAUUUGCAUUCAAUCGUUUCUGUUUUUACUGUAAUUUCUAAUCAGUUAUGUUCGGCGAAAUACGCCAGAAGUCUCAAUCGAACGGCAAUCUCCAGCGUCUGGUUAUUCCAGUCUACACCAGUGGUAUUUAUUGCGCAUGCUCUCCAUAUAAGACUAUGACGUCACCGUUUGACAUGAAUUGUAGAAUAUAUCUAGUCUCGUUCUUCGAGUCCCUUGUUACAAAUAUUCCAAUGGUAAAAUAUUUUUUUUGUCUGAAAUAUUGGAUAUCAGAAGUCCAUCUUGUCCCGGUAAGAUCACAACAUCAAUGUUGAUUUAAACUGACAAAUAAUUCGUGUUUUCAAUAUCGAAGACUUUGGAUAAUAUUGAGUUAGAGACUUGGGUACUUUAACAUAGUAAGCCAAACUAUUCACAUAUAUCUAAAAGGUAAAAUAUAUGUACUAUUUUAAUAUAAACACCCAUGUAUUAUGUAUUCAAAUCUAAAGUAGAAGACAAAGUACUUCAUGGUUUGUUUAUUAUGAUAUCUUUACAUGUCUAAAACAUAAUAGACCAAUUUAAACUUUAAAUGAUCAGAAUUAAUUAGUUUAAAUAAUGUAUUUUUAAUAAAACUUGAAAGUACUUUGGAUUUUUUUAGAGUCUUAAUAUUUAUAUCAAACCUUAAAGUGAAAUAAAUUGAUAUUGUCCAAAGAAUUAUUACAGUACGGUAGACCUUUAGGGCCAUGAAAAAAUACGAGACAAUCAAUUUUUUUUAUUGAUUUGAUUGACCUUAACAGUCUUCCGUAUUACAGCUAAGUUGUUGUUAAAGGGGCAUUAUAUAAGAUUUAAAUACAGAUUUAUAAUACUCGCUAUUAUAGUUUAAAAUAGAUAAUGGAAAGGGAAUAGGUUGAAAAUUUCGGCGAAAUUAAUUUAUUAUGAGCCGAGUUAUCGGCGUUAGAACAACAGUGUAGUCGGGAUUGUCAUCGCUAAAGUUGUUAAGGCAUUAAACAAAGUCUCGGUUAUCCAUGUUUAAAUUAAAUCAUUUUGACAGUUUCCACUGUCAAUCGUAUAUAAAUCUGUUGAAAAUCUCGAGUAUCCGAUGAUAUCGAGAGUUGAUUAUGGUAUUGGCAAGUUAAUACAUGUCUAAUUAAUAAUGUAUAUAACAUUUAACGUAUAAAAAAAGACCUGCAAUAGGUCGAAUUUAGCUCUUGAAUAGUGCCCCUUUAAAUAUUCAAGCUGUAUAUUUUGUAUUUGUUUAUAAUGUCUGUACUUUUGUUAAUAAAAUCAAUUAUAUAUGUU